AUUAGGUUAUUCUAGUGAAGUUAUACAAUUUAUAUGCCAUUUGUUUUAGAUUAUACGCCCUUAUAGUUUUUAAAUACUAAUAAUUUAAACAUUCCUAAUACUUAACAAUUACUUUUUUUAUAAUUUUAUUAAUAAUAUAUAAUAUAUAAUAUGUAUAUGUAUAUUAAAAUAUUAAUUUUAAAUUUUUCUGGGUGUUUAUCUUAUUUUAGAUUUUUUAUUAAUAAUAUAAUUAUAUUAUAAUUUAAACAUUACUUUUUAUAGGUAAAAUAAUAAAUUACUCUUUAAGGCAAUCAUACACAGGACGUUGUAAUGUUGCUACGGUUGCAUAUAACACAAAAAAACCAGUUUACACUUACCACAAACUUAUCCACAAUAAGAGCCCUGGAAUUUUCACUAAGAAAAAAGAAGAAAGGAUAAUGUUAGCAGCACGAGCAACUACUUCAAGAAGACGUGGUAUAGUACGUAGACAGUUAUUUCCAGCAAAUAAAACAACUAUUGAACUAUAGUGCGGUCAGAUCCUUCUUACGGAGAUAAUGCUGAAAAACCCGAUAUGGCAGAGGAUGAUUUUGAAGUUGAAAAGGAAAAAAUACUUUCUUCCUUAAUUUUAAACGAAGAAGAGAGGGCAGCUUUAGAACGCGAAACUGUGGAUCAAAAUCUUUCAAACAAAUGGAUAGAACGAAGAAGGAAAAUGCUCACAGCUUCUAAUUUUGGAAAAAUUAUUAAAAUGAGACAAACCACCAGCUGUCAGAGUUUUGUUCAAAAUCAUUUGUUUGGUGGAGUGACUACAACUGCCAUGGAGUAUGGCAAAUCAAAUGAAGAAAUAGCACUGAGAGCAAUAGAAAAAGUUUUAAAUAUAAAUAUUAUAAAAUGUGGUAUUUUCGUGGACAGUGAAAAUCCAUACUUGGGAGCUACUCCAGAUGGUCUAAUUGGUGGUGAUGGUAUAGUUGAAGUCAAAUGUCCUUCAUCGGCAGAGUAUUUAACGCCAGAAGAAGGUAUAAAACAAAAAAAAAUAACAUUUUGGACAUUAAACAAAUCUGGAGAAAUUGGUGGAAUUAAUAAAAAACAUAAUUGGUAUUACCAAGUGCAAGGCCAACUAAAUGUGUGUCAAAAAAUAUUUUGUCAAUUUGCAGUUUGGUCUCCUAAAGGUAUUAAAAUAGAAAAAAUUGAACGCGAUGAAGGUUUGUGGAAGAGUUGUAUGGUAGAAAAAUUAAAAUAUUUUUAUCUCAACUGUAUAUUGCCAGAAUUAGCGGACAGUCGAUUUUUAAGGUCAAUGCCGAUAAGAAAUCCACAAAAAAUAUAAGAUGCACAAGAAAAAAAAAUUGAACAGAACAGGUAAAAUUAAUUUUUAUAUUUUGAACAUAACAAACAUAAAAAAAAGAAAUAUUUUUUUUUUUUUUUUGUUUAGGCAACUAAAAGAUAAAAAUAUAAAAUAAUAACCUAAAAAGCUAUAAUCAAGAUAUACCUACCUACUAAGUACUAAUCAAGAAUUGUGAA